AACUGAUUUUUACGGCUCCGCAAUUUUCAGGUGCCUCCUCUCUCUCUCCAGGAGCAAACUCUGUCUCUGGCUACAUGAGGCAACAUUCGUGGGAAGCAUAUCUUCGGUCUUACCUGUCCGUCCAGUUUUUUCUUAUCUCCUGAAGAAGAGAGCAGGUUGUCCUCGGUCAAGCUUCUGCAUCUGUUCACUGUCUCGGUUUGUUGGAGAGCAGCCUCAAGGCCUUGGACACACUUGACAGUUUUUGCAAGUCAUAGUGCACGUCCAACACCCUCGGGAGGGAUCUUGCAGACUUUUACCAGCUCCCCUGUUACGAGUUUUUAUGGAAGAAUGAGCAGCUUUUUGUAUUUCGCCCUCCCGGUGUUGGGAGGAUACACACUCACCUCGUUGUACCUACUGAAGAACCCACACCUUCUCCACAGGAAGAAACGCACAGCCUUUUACUGCACACACAUCUCACACCGAGGAGGAUGUGGGGAGAAGAUAGAAAGCACCAUGGAGGCGUUCACACAUGCGGUGGAGCAGGGCACACAGAUGCUGGAGCUGGACUGUCACUUGACACGUGAUGGACAUGUGGUGGUGUCACAUGAUGAGAAUCUGUUGAGGCAGACGGGACACGAUGUCACCAUCUCCUCCCUCGAUCUGCAGGAUUUGCCUUUGUAUAAGGAAAGACUGGAGGUGACAUUUUAUACAGGUCACUACAGCAGCGGUGCAGACAGGAAGUUUUCUCUGCUCGAGGACGUGUUUAAGAAGUUUCCUGAGACGCCUGUCAGCAUCGAGAUCAAGGAGAACAACAAGCAGCUGAUAGAAAAGGUGUCCGACCUGGUGAGACACUACAAAAGGGAGGAAAUCACGGUCUGGGCCUCCGUGAACUCCAGGAUCAUGAAGGAAUGCCAAAGAAUGAACAGCUCCAUGCCGUACAGUUUCUCUUUGAACCGAGGCUUGCAGCUGCUGCUUCUCUUCUACAGCGGCCUGCUGCCCUUUGUGCCGCUGGGCGAGAGUCUGCUGCAGUUCUACUUGCCACGCAUCUUCAACAGGACGUUCAUUCCUGAGAAACGCAUCCUGAGGAACAGGCUGGUCGUCUCUUUGAUAGAGAAAAUAACUAUGAGGAAGAGUCUAUUUAAACACCUGGCAGCCCGUGGAAUUCAGGUGCAUUUGUUUGUGUGCAAUGAAGAUGAGGACAUAAAGGCUGCAUUUGACGUAGGAGCCACAGGGGUGAUGAGCGACUAUCCCGCCGUUCUGUCAAGAUACCUCUGCAGACACAGGAGUCAGGAUUGACCUGGAAACCCAUCCAGUCACUUUGCAACUUUUCUGAUGAAUGAGAAGGGAAAGAAGAAGAGAAGUGAAUACAAGUGUGAGACUGAUUUCCUCACCCAUGAAGAGAUUAGUCAAAGAGUUGUGUGAACAAAACUAUCAUUCAACUCUCGAUCCUUAAUCACUGGUGAUAGAAUUACGUGCUUGUGGUGCGAUCUGCUAUCAGUUCAUUUUUAUGUCCUCCACCCACAUGUCUUUCAGACAGAGCCCAGUGUUCAAACACACAGCCACUGAUUUUAUCUGCAGCAUAUCUUCCAGCGCUGGAGUGAAUGUUUAACCAGCUGGACCAUGUCAUCCGACAUCCCGUUUCUCAUGAUACGAGAGCAAACGUGACUUUGUUGUGACUGUGUCUUAUGUUGUUUUCUGACAUUAUAUUUGAUUGAUUUGAGUAAGAGCUGAUUUUCAGAAAUAAAGUAUGUGGGACAAUUCACCUGGAGUUAAGCUGUUAUAAACACAUAAGUAAAGAAAGAAUACAAUUACCAAUACUACAGAUAAAUCCAUGCAAUAAUAAUGAUAAACUUUAUUUAUAUAGCAAAGAAUAAGAAACUAUUUAAAAGCAAUUUGAAGAUCACACAUAUGUAUUUAUAUAUAUAUAUAUACAUGUAUAUAUAUAUAUGCACAUAUAAGAUGAGGGUUUACAUGCUCAGUAAACCACACCUGUGUCCUUGUUUUCCCAGGCCACGGUCAAAGUCCAACCAAGCUGUUAGUGAAACAAAGGCUGUAUUUUUCUGACCUAUUUGGCCGUGCCUUGCAGUGUGACGAGUGAGUUAAUGGAAUAUAUUGUUAGUGGAUCAGUGCAGACUAAGGCCUUUGAUCCAAAGAGCAAAGGUUUGAAUAAGUGACCCAGCAGAGCAAAUUAGACAUUUGUGAUCAUACAGUCGGGGAUAUAACAUAACACAGAGACCACUGAGGACACAGGGGACACAUCAGCAGCAAUAUUUAUGGAGGGGGUUUAUCAAUGUUUCACCAGUUACUUUAAAAUACUUUAAAUUAAAUAAUUGAUUAACUGACUGAAUAGACUGAUAAUAAUGAGGUAAUGAAAAUAACUUGCAGCCCAACUUGUCAAACAAUGUACAAACAGAGAUACAAUGUACACAGCAUUU